AUGGAUAAGAAUCAUUUACGUGGAAUCAUAUUGAAACUUCAGGAUUAUUUAAGUGAUAAUGAUCGACAACGUUUACAUUUUUUUCUUGGAGACAGUGUUCCACGACAAAUUAGAGAUGAUCAAACACUAAGUGGUACUCUCAAGUUGAUGGAAUCACUGUUAGAUCAAGAUAAAAUCAAUGAAAGUGAUGUCACAUUUUUAAUUAAUGCCUUUGAUGCAAUUCAAUGCAUUGAUGGCGUUAAACUUCUCAAUGGUAUAGUUCUUUAUUUGAUUGAUGUCCUAUUUGGAUUUUGUUCAUCUAGAACAUAUGAAAUGGAUGCAGUCAAAUCCAAUGCAUAA